CCACCUGUGCCACUCUGCAGUGUCACACACCUGUGCCCAGAAGUGCCACCUACCUGUGCCCAGCAGUGCCACCCACCUGUGCCACCCACUUGUGCUGCCCACCAGUGCAGCCAGUCAGUGCCACCAUCAGUGCCCAGCAGUGAUGCCAGUCAGUGCCGUCUAUCAGUACCCAUCAUCAGUGUCACCUAUCAGUGCCGCCUAUCAGUGCUGCAUAUUAGUGCCGCCUAUCCGUGCCACCUCAUUAGUACUGCCUAUCAGUGCCCUUUAGUGCUGCCUAUCAGUGCCCAUCAGUGCUGCCUCAUCAACGCACAUCAG